CCCUUCGAAAAGUGGGAAGUCGGGUCUUUUCUUGUGGCACUCAGCAGGUAAAAUAAAACUGCACUCACCAUUGGCAGAGUAAUGUUUUGGCACUGUCAUUAGCUCGAGACAAGGACGAGAACAACAUGGGAGACACUACCUGCAGUAAAGCUGGCCACCUGUCAGACCCACAGCUUUUCGACACAUACUUUGAGAAGCUGCUGUGUGAGUUGACGGAGCAGGAUUUCACAGAUCCGGUACUUGCUGAUGCUCUCAGCAGGCUCAAAGAGGUACUGCAGUACAAUGCCACAGGAGGCAAGAGGAACCGUGGCUUGUCUGUGAUUGGCUCACUGCGUGAGUUGAUCCCGCCUGCCAAGCUGUCACCUGAAGAAGUGGAGCGUGCCCUGUUGGUUGGAUGGUGCAUUGAACUGCUGCAGGCCUUCUUCUUGGUAGCAGAUGAUAUAAUGGAUGCCUCAGUAACACGGAGAGGUCAGCCAUGCUGGUAUAAGAAGGAAGGCAUUGGCCUGGAUGCUAUUAAUGAUGCUUUUCUCCUGGAGGGGUCCAUCUACCGCCUUCUGCGUAGGCAUUGCAGAAGGCAGCCCUAUUACGUCCAUUUGUUGGAGCUUUUUACUGAGACAUCGUUCCAGACAGAGCUGGGCCAAGCCCUCGAUCUGAUGACUGCUCCCCCAAACAAGAUCGAUUUACACCGUUUUACCAUGGACAGAUAUAAAGCCAUAGUGAAGUACAAGACUGCAUUCUACUCUUUUUAUCUUCCAGUGGCUGCAGCAAUGUAUAUGGCAGGUAUUGACAGUGAAGUGGAACACAACAAUGCUAAACACAUCUUGCUUGAAAUGGGAGAGUUCUUUCAGAUUCAGGACGAUUACUUGGAUUGCUAUGGUGAUCCUGCUGUAACGGGCAAGAUUGGCACUGACAUCCAGGACAAUAAGUGCAGCUGGCUUGUGGUGACGGCACUGAGGGUGAUGACCCCCGAGCAGAGGGUGGAGCUAGAGGCAUGCUAUGGCCGGAGCGAUGCUGAGAGCGUAGAGCGAGUGAAGGCACUUUAUGACACUCUGGAAAUGCCUCUACGAUACCACCAGUACGAGGAAGAGAGCUACCUGCGACUCCAAAACCUCAUCCAGCAGCAUGCACAAAACCUUUCCCAUGCAGUUUUUCUUAACUUUGCCAAGAAAAUCUAUAAGAGAAACAAAUGAGGAUUUUUAUUUUGCAAGAGCAUGGAAAACUAUGUAAAGGAAGUUUAAUGAAAAACAGCACAAAAAAUGGAAAGUAGUGCAUUUAAUCAGUGGUGUAAAUAUGUUCCCAAAAGUAUAGACAUGUAUGUCUAAAAACUUUAGAAAUAUGGUAUUUUUUCACACAAGUGUUGGCCGUUGAAACUUUUGAGAGAUCUAUUUCCAUAAUUAUACUUGUUUUAUCAGUAAAGGUAAUAGCAGUCUUGUGGCCCGGGAGAUGAUAUUUCAUAAAAGAUAUCAGCUUAAGGCAGAGGGAAACAAAAUGUUGGUUAUCUGGCAGCGAUUGGUACCGAUCCGAUCUGUUACUCUGUUCUCCUCAGUGGGUUCUUUAUUUGGCUUUGUGCAUUGUUUAAAGACUGAACUACCACUGCUGAAGCAGAAAUGAACUCAAACAGAAAUCCCUAACUGUCUCCACUGUUCAUCUGUUUACCAACCUGUUUUUCUGCCAAAGAUAUUAUCCGUGGUAGGAUAAAUAGCUUUCUGAUGGGAACUGCUAAAAAGAAGCGAAUCAGAAAUUACUGUGACAAUGAAAAAUAUUUUAAAGUAUUUAUAAUGUAAAACUGAAACGGUGCUGUGUUUCAAAUCCCAGCCAUUUACUGUCAACCUGGAUGCUGUUAAUAAAAAAGGUCACAUAAUA